AUGGAGGAGGAUUUUGAUGCCAAUAUGGAGGAGGAUUAUGACAUCGAUGAUGUCAAUCAGCAGGAAGGAAGGAAGGUUAGAGGUAGUACAAGGCUACCAAAGUUAGCAGUACGUCAUGGUCGUAUUCAGAAGAAGCAUGUGGAUUUUGAUGCCAAUAUGAAUCCAAUUGGUGAAGAGAAGGACAGAUUCAUUAGCUAUAUAGGCUCCGUUGCCCGAAGCAAAGUUAAUAUUCUAUGGCCUAAUUGGAAGUCAAUUUCUAAGGAGACGAAGGAUAGGAUUUGGGAAUAUAUUUUGCAAACGUAUGACAUCCCUCGUACUGAGCAAAUGAAAAAGCAUUUGUUGCAGCAAGUUCGUCAGCGCUGGAAAGAUUUUAAGCACACACUCACGAGCCAGUAUGUGCGAGGGCCUAAGAAAGAUGAUGAUCCGUGCGAAAAAUACUCCUUCCUUGAUCCAGAUGAUUGGAGGAGGAAUUAAGUGCGAUGAAUAAAGAAAGGCAAGCUAAAAAUUUAUAUCCGCACUAUUUAUCCCGUGGAGGUUACAAGAUGCUUGAGGAGAGGAUCAUGCAGAAUGACUUUAAGGCGAUGCAGGAAGCUGCAAAAUCUGAUCCUAGUAUCGUUGUUCAGACCCCACCUCCUCCUCCACGUCAUAGAAAAUGGAAGGAAGCAAGGAUGAAGAAGGGUCAAUAUAU